AUGGAGGAGCCCAAUAAGACUAUGGAUUCAGAUGAUGUAUACUAUAGUGAUGAGUUGAAUAGUUCUGACCCAGAUGAUUCUUGUGAUGAAGAAAGGCCCAAGUAUGCUAGGUUUAGGAAAGAGCAUCUAAACAAAGACUUUAUAUUCAAGUGGGGUAUGGAAUUCAACACACUUGAUGACUUUAGGGCAGCUAUCCGUGAGUGGUCAGUGCUUAAUGGGAGGGAAAUUUCUUUUGUGAAAAAUGAGGGAGAUAGGGUAAGGGUGGUGUGUAAGCAUAAAUGUGGGUUUUUAGUCUUAUGCUCUAAGGUGGGCCACAAGGAGACUUUUGCUAUAAAAACACUUGUACAUAAGCACACAUGUGCUAGGGUUUUGAACAACAAGUCUGCUAGCUCAGAGUGGGUGGCCAAGCAUGUGGUAAAGAGGAUGCAAACUUCUGAUACAGUCAGGAUAAGAGACAUCAUCCAAGAUAUGAGGCAAACAUAUUCUAUGGGUAUUACUGUUGCAAAAGCAUGGAGGGCUAAGCUAAUUGCCAAGAAGAUAAUUGAAGGUGAUGCUGACAAUCAGUAUGCUUCCAUAUGGAGGUAUGCAGAAGAACUAAGAAGGGUAAACCAUGGCAACACUGUGAAGAUAAAUGUAGAAAGACCUAGUCCAUCCAUACAACCAAGGUUUGGGUCAUUUUAUUUCUGUUUUGAUGGCUGUAAGAAAGGCUUUAUUCAUGGAUGCAGACCAUUUGUGGGGGUUGAUGGAUGUCACUUAAAGACCAAGUAUGGUGGACAGUUACUUAUUGCUGUAGGCAGGGAUGCUAAUGAUCAAUACUUCCCUUUGGCAUUUGGUGUGGUUGAAAAUGAAACAAAGGAGAGUUGGAGAUGGUUUAUACAACUACUAAUGGAGGACAUUGGUCAGGAUAGAAGAUAUGUAUUUAUCUCUGAUCAACAGAAGGGACUUGUGGCUGUAUUUGAAGAAUUGUCUGAUACUAUUGAGCAUAGAUUAUGUCUUAGGCACUUGUAUGCUAAUUUCAAGAAAAGGUUUGGUGGAGGAGCCCUUAUUAGAGAUUUAAUGAUGGGAGCUGCUAAAGCCACAUACUAUCAGGCAUGGGUCCAAAAGAUGAAUGAAUUGAAGAAUGCAGAUCCCAAUGCUUGGACUUGGUUGAUGGCUGUUCCUACCAAAAGCUGGUGUAAGCAUGCCUUUUCUUUUUACCCUAAAUGUGAUACAUUGAUGAAUAAUAUCUCAGAGUCUUUUAAUGCUACCAUUCUAGCUGCUAGGGACAAACCUAUACUCACAAUGUGUGAGUGGAUAAGAAAAUAUCUGAUGAAUAGGUUAUCCACCUCUGCAAGUAAACUAGAAAAUUGGCCACAUAAGGUGAUGCCAAUACCUAGGAGAAGGUUAGAUAAUGAGGUGUUCAGGAGUGGUCAUUGGUUGCCAACAUGGUCAAUUGCUGAGACUUUUCAGGUUACACAUAGUUACAACACACAUGAAUUUAUUGUUGACAUUGCUAAAAGGUCAUGUAGUUGUAAUUUUUGGGAAUUAGUAGGAAUUCCAUGUAGGCAUGCUGUAGCUGCUCUGAGUUAUAGAAAGCAAAACCCUGAUGAAUUUGUUGAUGCUUGUUACACAAGAGAAAAGUUUGCACUAUGUUAUGGAUUUUCAGUAAGUCCAAUCAAUGGUCAAGAUAUGUGGCCAGAAGUUGAGAUGGAACCACCUCUACCACCUGCAUAUAAAAAUGGUCCUGGUAGACCUAAGAAGAUUAGGAUAAGAGAAAGUGGAGAGGAUGGUGCAAGGAAGAGAAGAUCUGGUGUUGCAUAUAAGUGCACCAAAUGUGAUAAUUUUGGUCACAAUGCUAUGACUUGUAAGGCUACCACUCAGGAUCCCAAUGCACUUAAAAGAAAGAGAAAACCUAAAAAAGGACAUGUGCCAACUGCAACUGAUAUGCCAACUGCAAAUGAUGUGCCAACUGCAACUGAUAUGCCAACUGCAAAUGAUAUGCCAACUGCAUCUGAUAUGCCUGCCCCAACUGCAACUGAUAUGACUGUUCCAACAAAUGUGCCUGUUCCAACUGAUCCACAGCCUCCAACUGAUAUGCCUGUUCCAACUAUUAUGAGUCAAACAAGAUCUAGUGUGGCUGCCUCAAUCACAAAACAAUCCAGAAAAAGGGUUGAAAAAAAACCUAUCAUCAAAAGAAGGCAAAGUGAGAGGAUCAAGUUGAGUUGGUUUAAAAGACCCAUAACAGGUGAAGGAAUAUCUAGUGACAAACCAAUUACCCUACCAGAAAAUGAAGACAUACCCACUUCAAAAUGA